AUGAAAUACACUGACAUACUAUUCUUACUGACUGCGGCAGCAACCGCUAAUGCAAUACUGAUCCCAUUUAAAAAAGAUAGUCCAUCCCAAGCAUCAGACAUUUUUAGUCAAGUGUCCAGCCCAACCAAUGAACCUAAUCCAAGUGCUCCUGGCGAAAACUGGCAAGGCCUAAUUAAUGCAAUCAAUUCAAGAGUCUCCAACGAAAACUGGCAACAAUCAAUUAAUGAACCCAGCCCAAGUACUUCCAGUCAAGACCAGCAAAACCCAAUGGAUGUAGCUAGUUCAGGUACUUUCAGUCAAAGCAAGCAACAUCUAACUAACGAGCUUGGUCCAGAGGUUUUUGAAGAAGACUGGAAAAUUCUAAUGGAUCAAUCUGAUCCAAGUAUUCAUGAAGACUGGAAAAGCUUAAUUGAUACAAUCAAUUCAAUCAAUUCAAACCAGGAUCAGCAACUCCCAAUGGAUCAACCUGGUCCAAGCACUUCCAGUCAAGGUCAUCAACUCCCAAUGGAUCAACCUGGUCCAAGCACUUCCAGUCAAGGUCAUCAACAACCAAUGAAUGUAGCCAACCCGAAUCAUACUGGCUCAAGUCAAAGAAUUGUAUUAAGCAGAAGACAACAAACAGUUCUUGAUUCUCGAAAGACAAAACUUAAAAACGCUAAAAAGUUGAAAAAGGUGAAACAUAAAAUCUAUUAUGAUUAUGUAGCCCUUGGACUCGAUCAACAUUUAAAAGAAGUGUUAAACCAAGAUACAUCCGAGUCAACGUACAGUCCAAACACUGAAAAGCAAUAUAAAAAAGAUUAUAAAGCGGCAAAGAAAAAAGUAUACAAUAUAAGACAACGAUUGAAAGAUCUUAUGAAAAAGCAUGAUUUGAAAUUCGAAGAACCGAAUUCAGAUUCGGAUUGA